CUCCUGUGCAGAAUAGCUAUUCCAGAAACAGUGAAUUGUCAAAACACCCACUUAAAAGUGAAAAUGUAUGUCCAAAAUUGGAUCAGACAGUACCAAUGGAUGUUAGUGCAGAUGAUUUGGCUGAAGCAUUUUCUUCCCAACUUCUUCCUCCCAGUGUUGAAAACAUUGAUGCAGAAGAUGAUGGGAAUCCACAGUUAGUCACAGAAUAUGUCAAUGACAUAUACAAAUACAUGCGAGCUCUGGAGAUGAAAUAUUCCAUCAGAGAAAACCAUUUAGAUAAACAGACUGAGAUCACUGGAAAGAUGCGAUCUAUCUUGAUUGACUGGUUGGUUCAGGUUCAUUUACGUUUUCACCUUCUUCAAGAAACUCUAUAUCUUACUGUUGCUAUUUUGGAUAGGUACCUACAGGAAAAACAUGUUCAGCGUAGUAGACUACAGCUGGUUGGAGUUGCUGCUAUGUUCAUAGCUGCAAAAUAUGAGGAAAUGUUUGCUCCUGAGGUUGGGGAUUUUGUGUACAUUACAGACAAUGCUUAUAGUAAAAAGGAUAUCUUAAGGAUGGAGAUGAUCAUGCUAGACACACUUGCAUUUAAUCUUGGUCGUCCUCUACCCCUGCACUUCCUCAGGAGAUAUUCCAAAGCAGGAAAUGCAGAUGCUAUGAUGCAUACUCUGGCAAAGUAUCUGAUGGAGCUUAGUCUUCCUGAAUACAACAUGGUCCACAUUGCUCCUUCUAAACUUGCAGCUGCUGCCCUGUGUUUAGCUAUGAAGCUACUAGAUGAAGCUUCUUGGACCAGUACUCUUGUUUAUUACAGUUUCUAUGAAGAAGCACAGCUGUUGCCAGUUAUGAAGCAAUUCUGUGUUCUUAUCCAGAAAUCGGAAAAGGCUAAACUUCAGGCUGUUCGAAUGAAGUAUGCUAGUAGCAAGUUUAUGAAGAUAAGCAUGAUUCCAGAGUUAAAGUUGCAGCAUGUUGAAGAACUAAGUAAAGAAUCAGAAUGAGAUUUAAUAAAUCUUGGAGAAAAGUGUCUUGAAGCAAAAUAAGUAUGGUGUGGAUACCAUCAUUUUGUUUUGUGGUAUUUUUUUCCUGUAAUUACAAGGUAAAUUAGAAUACCAUUCCUGUAAGUUUGUUAUAAACUUCAUCAUUUAAUUUUUGUGUAAAAGAUGCAUGUUAUUUUUUAGUACUGUUGGACGUUUCUCAGCUUCUUUAAGUAAUUUUAAGUCUACAGAAACAUGUUUGUGAUGCGUGAUCUUUUAAGUAUUUGACAUUCAUUGGUAUUUGUGAUGAACAAUGUUGAAGUUAAUUUUACCAACAAAAAUAACCAUAAUGGGAAUGUAAACUCAAACAUAUUAAUCUAGAAUUAGAAACUAUAUGUGGCUGUAUAAUUUUUCCAACUAGCAAGCUUUUACUGUUUUUUUCUUCUGUACUGUAGUUAGAGUAUGAUGUGAAUAAUGUACAUAUAUAUGUGUGUCAGAGCUAACAAAAUUGAACCUUUUCUUUGAAAAUAAAUUGUUGGAAAUAAGUUGAA